GCCCUGGUGCCAACAGUCUUGAAAGAACAGUGACAGAAAUGGCCAUUCACACUGCAGCUGUCCUUCUGUGUGGACAGAGUGAAGUCUUGGUGCCCCUGAGGAACUUAGCUUUCUCUCCCGCCAGCAUGUUGAAUGCCUUUCUUCCAACAACGCCUGAAGACCUGCUGGCUCAAGCCCAGAAGUGGGAAGGUCUGGAAGGCAUCCAAUGGUAUAUUUGUCCCAAUGGUCAUCCGUGCACUGUAGGAGAGGUCAUCUGUGCAUUGUAGGAUAUUUAGCAGCAUAUCUAGCCUCAGCUCACUGGGUGCCAGUAGCAGUACCCCCCAGCCCAGUGUGAUGCCCAAGAAUGUCUGCAGGCAUCACCCAAGUCUCCUGGGAUGCCAUAAUGCUGCUGGCUGGGAGCACUGUAGCAGGGCUCAGCCACACAGACCCUCAACUGGAUCACUAGCCAGAGAGAAAUGUGGGCUGAAUACCAGAGAACAGGAGAGGACAAGAAAG